AUGGAUAAUAUCAAAGCUUUGAUAUUUGAUUGUUACGGUGACUGGGAACAAGGUUCCUACGAUGCCUUACAGCCAAUAUUCCAACAGAAAACAUGCCCCGACCCUGAACAAGUGUUCGAGACUCUGGGAAAGAUAAAAGCUAGGAUACAAGCCGAGGAUAAGACGAUGUUAUACCCUGCUGUCCUCAAAGAGGCUUAUAGGAUGUUGACGGGUGAAUUAAGGUUAUGGUAUGAUGAAGAAGCUGCAGAGGCGUACGCUCUCUCCGUACCUUCCUGGCCGCCCUUUCCCGAUUAUCAAGAUGCUUUGUCAACCUUGAAGAGACUAGGAGUCAAGUUGGUCAUACAUAGUAAUGUGGAUAAUGAAUCGUUUGAAGGGACAAGGAAGAAAUUGGAAGGCUCUUGGGGGAAGUUUGAUGAUAUAUUCACAGCAGAGGAUAUCGGAAGUUAUAAACCCGAUUAUCGCAAUUUCCAUCAUGUCCUCCAAUCCCUGGAAGAUCAAUAUGAGAUCCAACCGAAUGAGGUGUUGGUGGUAGCUAAUUCGAAAAGAGCUGAUAUUGCACCAGCGAAAAGACUAGGAUUGAAAACUGUAUGGAUCAAUCGACCUGAGGCUAUACUGGGUGUGAAAGGGUAUGAGGAUGUCAGAGCAGAUUGGGAGUUUGGGAGUAUGCGGGAAUUUGCUGAGGAGUUGCAAAGUGUCAAAGAAGAUGAUUAG